CCUCAGUUCAUCUAUACAUCUUCUUAAAGAAACAUUAGAUUUAAAAAUUUCUUUAACCAAGUGUUGCAUUCUAAAACAAAAUGCGUUUUCUUUUAAGUUUUUGUUUUAUUCUAACAUUGAUCGUUGUAACUGGGGCCAGAUCUAUAGCAUGGGGUAGGCGCAACUCUACUACCGAUCAUUUGUUAUAUCGUGAACAUGUGAUACGUUUUCCCAUUAAAGAUUUCAUACAGGAAAUAUAUGUGGUUUAUCCGAAAGUUGGUUCCAAGAUCAAAGCCAAAAAUGUAACAGCCAUUUAUGUGUUCGAUCAUUUUACCAAUAGUUCCGGUGCUGUGGCCACACAUACCAUACCCUUAAAGAAAGUUAAUGAACGUUAUAGUUCCGACAUAGUCAUUUUAAAAAGUCAACGUUCCAGAGGUGUUAAUACAACAGUAGAGUUUUAUGGCAAAUAAAGAAAUGAUCAUUAAAGUUUAGCUAAGACAAAAACCCAGAUUUAAACAUAAUUUGUUUUUAACAUUUACUCUUUAUGACUUCUUACAAAAUUUUGUAUAAUUUCUUAAAAUAUACAUAUAAAUCUAUCUUAUCUGUUUGAAAUUAAAACACUAACAAAAAAAUACCGAAUCAUGUUUUAUUUUUAGAAAUCUUAUAUUUAUUUAUUAUACUUCAAUUAUUUAAAAACUACUUAUUAUAUUCCAAACAAACAAUAACACUUUGUAGACUGUUACAUCAACUAAAAUUAAAAAAAAAAAGAAAAUUGUCUUUAUUUUUAAAUUGUGUGUAAAAUCCCCAUGAUUCAGUAAGUGCG